AAAUAAAUUAAAAAAAAAAAGAAUAAAACAAAGAGAGAAUUUCUUCAACAUUCGGGGGUACCAACCAUGGCGCAGGUUCUGAACCUAAGCGCACCAAAUCCAACCCUUUGGAAAUUGCCCUCCACUCGCCCCGAGUCAUCUCGUUCCCAAUACACCUCUUCGACUCUUCAUGACAAUGUAAACCAGACUUGGAGCUCUCUGCAGCAGAAACUCACCUGUAAUGGACGAUUUUCUUGCCUUUUCUCUGACAACCGGAAAGAGGAACGAGCUAGGAAAGCUUUAGAAGGUGCGCUUGGUGGAAAGAAAAGUGAAUUUGAGAAAUGGAACAAGGAAAUUAAGCAGAGAGAGGAGGUAGGUGGAGGAGGUGAUGCUGGUGGAGGUGGUUGGUUUGGAUGGGGUGGAAGGUUUGGUUGGUCCAAUGGCGACCAUUUCUGGCCAGAAGCACAACAAGCAAUUCUCACUGUAUUAGGUAUUAUGAUCAUGUAUCUCAUAGUUGCAAAAGGUGAAUUGAUGCUUGCUGUCAUCUUCAACCCAUUGCUAUAUGCUUUACGAGGAACAAGAGAUGGACUAGCUUUCAUAACAUCAAGAAUCUUGGGAAAAACAUCUCCAGAUGGUCAUGCUGGUUUUGAUAUCUCGAAGAAGGAUAACUAUGGCCGUACCUCUGCUAAGGAGAGUGUUUUGAGAAAAUGGGGGAGCAACUGAUAAUUUUGUUUCAGGUUUGACAUCAGUUUGACUUCCAUGCAUUGUUAGUGUGGCAAUUGUUAUGUACACCAUGCCUUUUGUUUGUCGAACACAAUUUCUUACCCCUUUUAUAUAUAUUUUUGUAAGCCCCUUAUUCAAAGUUGGUUAAUGAGGAUCCCGCAUUGUGUUUU